AUGAAAUUCGAGGCCAUCCUCGCCGACAUUGGCGGAUUCGGGAGGUUCCAGAAGAUGAUCAUCGCCAUCAACUUCAUGAGCCGCUUCACGAUGGCCUGCCACUUCCUGCUCGGCAACUUUAUUGCGGCUAUCCCAGCACACCACUGCCGCAUCCCCAGUGUGGAUGACGAAGGCAUCUUUGGGAAUCUGUCCCUGGCGGACAGGUUCACCAUCAGCAUCCCUCUGGAGGACGACGGAACACGGAGCUCGUGUAGGAUGUUUGCCGAACCUCAAUAUCAUCUGCUGUUGAACAAGUCUGACGUCACUCAGGUCCCCACCUUGCCCUGUGUAGAUGGAUGGGUGUAUGAUAACACCACCUUCAAGACCACUAUGACCACUGAGUGGGACCUUGUCUGUGAUAAAAGAAGUAGAACCAAAGCCGCAACCACUGUCUUCUUCUUCGGCGUGAUGUUUGGAGACUUAACUUUUGGAAGUCUGAGUGACAGGUUUGGUCGGAGGAUCAUGCUGCUGACGUCCUACCUUUCGGGAAUGCUGUUUGGUCUCGCAAGUGCUUUCUCUGUGUCCUUCCUGAUGUUUGGCGUGCUGAGAUUCCUUACCGGCUUUUGCAUGACUGGCAUUGCCAUCAUUUCUUCGGUUCUCUGUGUGGAAUGGGUGGACAUUGAGCACAGGAAUCUGGUUGGAAGCUUUGAAAACUUUUCCUGGACAUUUGGGAGUAUUACUUUUGUAGCCUUUGCCUACCUUGUGACCGACUGGCGGUGGCUGACUAUCAGUGUCACUUUGCCAGUCAUCUUUGGUAUUAUCUCCUGGAGGUGGAUGCCAGAGUCAGCUCGAUGGCUCAUUGCCAAUAGAAAGCUGGAAAAAGCUCACUUGUGCCUUGCAAAAUGUGCCAACAUGAAUGGAACCGAGACAUUAUUUCAAAGAAUUCAACCUGAGGUUUGCGCAAUCGGCAUCAUGAUGACGCUGUCAUCCAUUGUGGUGACAGAACAGAAAGGUCGAGUGUAUUCCUACCUGGACCUGAUUAGAACACCUAAAAUGAGACGACUGUCCUUAACCACUGCUGUAAUGUGGUUCACCAAUGCAGUAACUUUCUAUGGCAUCACUUUCAACAUCAGCGGUUUUGGGCUUAAUGCUUACCUCACUCAAUUGUUGUACUCUUCAGCUGAAGUGCCAGGAAAAUUGUCCAUUUACUUCUUACUGGAUAGGAUUGGCAGGAAGCGCACACAGGUGGGAAUGUUGAUGAUGCUGGCAAUCUCUCUGGGUAUUAAUAUUGUGGUACCAAAAGAAAUGUCUCGCACGAGAACAACAGUGGCAAUGAUUGGAAAAGUCUUUGCCUCGGGAUCCUUUGGAACCGCUAUGCUCUACAGUCCUGAACUGUUUCCCACGGUAGUCAGACAGAACGGGGUGGGAUACGUCUCGUCUAUUGCCCGAAUUGGUGUGGCCAUCGCUCCGCUGAUUCUUUUACUAGAUGAAAUUUGGCAGCAGCUCCCUCAGCUCAUCUUGUGCUUGUCGGCUGCUCUGGGGGCAACCAUGGCAUCGACCUUGUCGGAGACACGGAACAGGUGCCUGCCGGAGACCAUAGAGGAUGUCGAGAGGUCACAAUAG